UAUGUGCUUCUUGUCCCUUUAAAAACACGCCAGAGCUUGCGGUUUGACUUCAUCACCAACAGCGUAGUUCAGGACGUAACAUCGCUCGAUAGUAAGAAUUUCCAUGUCAAUCUUCUAGGUGGCAAAAACCUUACUUUCGAUCGCUUCACGAUCACUGCACCAGGAGAUAGCGUCAAUACAGAUGGAAUUCACAUCGGGCAUUCAAACGGGAUCAACAUUAUUAAUUCAAAUAUUGCCACCGGCGAUGACUGCAUCUCCAUUGGUGGUGCCAGCGAACAAAUAAGGAUCACAAACGUACGAUGUGGACAUGGACAUGGCAUUAGCGUGGGAAGUUUAGGGAAGACCACUGAUGAAUUUGUCUCCGGAAUUUUCGUAAGGAACUGCACCUUCUAUGACACCGACAAUGGAGUGAGAAUUAAGACAUGGCCGGCAUUACAUGGUGGCAUGGCCUCUGAUAUGCAUUUCGAGGAUAUUAUGAUGAAAAAUGUCCGCAACCCUAUCAUUAUAGAUCAAAUGUACUGCCCAUGGAAUUAG